AACUUCUUCUCACUCUUUCGCCAUGGAGAUUGAUGAGCCCGAGCAGGCGACGGACUCCGCGGCCGUGACGUUGGAGCCGCCGAGGAUCCGGCGGCUGGACGAGUCGGUGGUGAACCGGAUCGCGGCGGGGGAGGUGAUCCAGCGGCCGGCCUCGGCUGUGAAGGAGCUAGUGGAGAACAGCCUCGACGCCGGGGCCACCUCCAUCUCCGUCGUCGUCAAGGACGGCGGCCUUAAGCUUAUCCAGGUCUCGGACAACGGCCACGGAAUUCGGUAUGAGGAUCUGCCUAUACUAUGUGAAAGACACACCACAUCAAAGUUAUCUGCAUAUGAGGACCUGCAGACAAUUAAAUCAAUGGGUUUUAGAGGGGAGGCUUUGGCCAGCAUGACAUAUGUUGGCCAUGUCACUGUGACAACUAUAACUGAAGGUCAACUGCAUGGUUACAGGGUUUCUUAUAGAGAUGGAGUAAUGGAGCAUGAACCCAGGCCCUGUGCUGCUGUUAGAGGAACUCAAAUAAUGGUUGAGAAUCUAUUUUACAAUAUGAUUGCUCGUAGAAAGACAUUGCAGAACUCCAGUGAUGAUUACCCAAAGAUUAUAGACUUGAUUAGUCGGUUUGCUGUCCAGAACAUUAGUGUGAGCUUCUCUUGCAGAAAGCAUGGUGCAAAUAGAGCAGAUGUUCACACAGUUGCUGCAUGUUCAAGGCUGGAUGCUAUCAGAACUGUGUAUGGUGUUUCUGUGGCUCGUGAUCUGAUGGAAAUAACUACUUCAGAUGACAAUCCUGCCCGAUCAAUCUUCAAGAUGGAUGGUUUUAUUUCAAAUGCAAAUUACGUAGCGAAGAAAACAACAAUGAUACUUUUCAUUAAUGACAGGCUGGUGGAAUGCACUGCCUUGAAAAGAGCCAUUGAAGUUGUUUAUUCUGCAACUUUGCCAAAAGCAUCAAAACCUUUCAUUUAUAUGUCAAUCAGUCUCCCAUCUGAGCAUGUAGAUGUCAAUAUACAUCCAACAAAAAGAGAGGUAAGCCUUUUGAACCAGGAGAGUCUUGUUGAGACCAUACAGACUGCUGUUGAGUCUAAGUUGAUGAACUCUAACACAUCAAGAACAUUUCAAACUCAGGCUGUAAAUUCCUCAGUUUAUACAUCACAGACGAGUCAUAUUAGUGCAAAAAAGGACCCUCAAAACAGUGCCUUCAGUUCUGGGACAAAAUCGCAAAAGGUACCGGUACAUAAAAUGGUUAGAACAGAUGCACGUGAUCCUUUUGGAAGGUUGCAUGCGUACUGGCAAGAUGGGCCAGCUUCACAGCAUGAAAAAAAAUCUGACUUAGCUUCUGUGAGAAAUGCUGUAAGACUAAGAAGGAACCCUAAAGAGUCUGCAGAUUUGACUAGCAUCCAUGAGCUUCUUAGUGACAUUGAUUCUAGUGUUCAUUCUGGUCUUUUGGAUAUUGUUAAGAAUGGCACAUAUGUUGGACUUGCUGAUGAAGUUUUUGCAUUGCUACAGCACAAUACUCAUCUGUACCUAAUGAAUGUAGUAUCUGUGAGCAAAGAAUUAAUGUAUCAACAAGCAAUUCGCCGUUUUUCCCAUUUCAAUGCCAUCCAGCUUAGUGAACCAGCUCCUCUACAGGAAUUGUUAAUGAUAGCACUGAAAGAAGAAGACGUGGAAUCCAUGGAUGAUGAGAAUGAUGAUCUAAAACAGAAGAUAGCAGAAAUGAAUACUGAGCUGCUCAAGCAAAAAGCAGAGAUGCUUGAUGAGCUUUUCUGUAUACACAUAGAUCAAGAAGGGAAUCUGACAAGGCUCCCUGUUAUACUUGACCAGCAUACUCCUGACAUGGACUAUGUUCCAGAAUUUUUGUUGAGUUUGGGUAAUGAUGUUGAUUGGGAGAAUGAGAAAGAAUGCUUCCAGACAAUAUCAGCUGUUCUUGGAAACUUCUAUGCCAUACAUCCUCCUGUUCUGCCAAAUCCAUCAGGCAGUGGGAUUCAAUUCUACAAGAAAAGAAGGGAAGGUAGUCCUACCAAAGAUCUAGGGAAUGCAUUGGCCAAUCCAGAGGAUGCUGGAGAAGAUGAUGUAGAUCAUGAACUACUUUCUGAGGCAGAAACAGCAUGGGCUCAGCGUGAAUGGACCAUCCAGCAUGUCUUAUUCCCAUCCAUGAGGCUUUUCCUCAAGCCACCAAAAUCAAUGGCAACAAAUGGAACUUUUGUUCAGGUUGCUUCUCUUGAGAAGCUCUACAGAAUAUUUGAAAGGUGUUAGUAGCUAGGAAGACUGGGAACCUGUAAUUGUUUCAGAAACCUGAAAGAGUGUUAUGAAAAUAUAAAAUUUGGCACAUGUAUUUCGAGAAGGGCUACGAGGGAGCGUUCUGGCUCUGCUCGGCUAGUUUUGGGCAAGACAGUAUAAUGUGCCUGCAUGUAAAUUUUUGUAAUUCCUGUGCAGCCUCUUGAUUUCAUGUACUUACCAGGUAUGAGAUUUAGAAGAGCCUUUUUUAUUUCCAUCUUCUGGUACAAAAGAUUUAGAAGAGCCUCACCAUAU